GAGAGGCGGAGGGAAUAUGAGGCUAACCUACAGAAAGCAGGGCUGGAGCUGGAGACAGAGGAUAAAUCGGAGUCAGAUGACAGGAAGACGUACUUUGUGAAGAUCCACGCUCCAUGGGAGGUUCUUGCCACCUACGCCGAUGUCCUGAAGAUCAAGGUUCCCUUCAAGGAAAACGACAUCCCCGUUCACCAGGACAUUCCCAUGGAUUGGCUGUUCACUCCUUUCCGUCUACCGGAUCACAUUAUGAAUCCUGAACCAGACUAUUUCACCUCACCUUUCAACAAGGGAAAGAUUGACUUCUUCCUCAUCGAUGACAAGGAGACAUUCUUCCCUCCUUCCGUCCGCAAUAGGAUAGUGUACUACAUCCUAGCCCGUUGUCCCUACCACAAGACGGACAGAGAGGACAAGAAGGGCAUCAAGCGCCUGCUCAACAACGCCACCUACGGGUCUGCCUUCCCACUACAUGAU